ACUUUAUAGACUACAAAAAAGUGUUUUUGUUCUGCUUUCUUUGGAUUUUGUUCUUAAAUAAUAAUGGUUUUUCAAAAAUAAUAAUAAUUUCACUAUAUACUAAUAUUUAGGGGAUAUUGUAGACCAGAAAACUUUCACAGAAUGGAGGCAAAUGGUGUUAUUUUGUGUGACAAUCUGAUCAAGUGGCUGCGAACAUUAAAUCUUAGUGCUAAACAUGAAAAUUCUGCAGAGUUAUCUGAUGGGGUAGCAAUAGCAGAGGCACUUACACAGAUUGCUCCUGAAUUUUUCACCUCUUCCUGGAACUCUAAAAUUAAGACAGAUGUAGGCCACAACUGGAGAUUGAAAGUUAGCAAUUUGAAGAAAAUAUUAGAAGGAGUUGUUGAUUACCACCAGGACAUAUUGAAUUUAAGUCUCCAUGAAUUUCAAAGACCAGAUGUUAUAAAUAUAGCAGAAACAUCUGAUCAGACAGAUUUAGGCAGGUUGUUGCAGCUUGUUUUAAGUUGUGCGGUUAACUGCAAUAAGAAAGAGGAAUAUAUUACUCGUAUUAUGGAAAUGGAGGUGUCAUGUCAACGUUCUAUUAUGCAGGCCAUACAGGAACUGGAGACAUUGACAUUGGGAGUGAAUCGUGGAAGUCUGCCCUUGGAUGCGACUGGGGGCCAGUCUGAGGUUGAAAUGAAGGAGGCUCUUGCGCAAAGAUGCCAUGAACUUGAUACAAAGGUGAAAGUAUUACAAGAAGAAAAAAUGACGCUGCUGGGUGAGGUGGCGCGGCUGACGGCGGCGCGGGCGGCUGGAGCGGAAGCGGAAGCGGAGGCGGAGCUGGACGACGCGGGCGGCUCGCUGGGCCCCGCGCACGCCGGCACGCUCCGCUACAGCACCAUGCGCGCGCAGCUCGACGCGCUCAAGGACGAGCUCGACAAGCUCGAGCUGCAGCGCGACGACCAGCGCGCGCGCGCGGACGCGCUCGACCGGGAGCUAGCCAUGCUCAAGAUCAGGAACGAGGAGCUGCAGAUCGCUGCGUCAGAAAAUGUAGUAUUGAAAGACGAAGUGGACGCGUUACGGGAGACCGCUGCAAAGGCGGCAGCGCUGGAGGCGACCGUUGCCUCUUACAAAAAGCGGAUGGAGGAACACGUUGAUCUCCGACGACAAGUUAAACUUCUAGAGCGAGCAAACACAGAGCACGUGCAGCGAGCCAUCGAACAGGAGCAGGCGGCGUUGCGCGCCAACACACUACGGGCACAACUUGACAUUUACAAGAAACAGGUGACAGAUUUGAAUGAAAAAUUAGAUGCAGAAAUAACAAAAGCGGAUAAGCUUGAGAUAGAGAACAAAAAGUUGAGUAGUCGCGUGGCGUCGGUUCAACGCGAGAAGGAAACAUUGCUCCAGGAGCGAGACUCCCUGCGAGAGACUGUCGACGAGCUCCGCUGUUCUACAAUAACCGCUGGUGCGAGUGAAGACAACGUUUCGAGGGAACUGAUACCAAAUGACCUGAAAGAACGUCUCAUACGACUAGAGCACGAAAACAAACUGCUCAGACAGAACCAGGGUGCUCAGGCAGACCAGGCCUCAGUACAGGCGCUCUUGGAAGAUUACGCGGCGCGGUUGGAGAAGCAGCGCGCUGUCAACCGCGAGGCCAACCAGCGCAUCAUGCAGCUCGAGGCUACGCUUGAAGCACCGCACCCGCGGCUCGCGUCCGCCAUCGAGGACAACCAGAGGAAAUCUUUACAAGUGGAAGAACUCCAGGCAGCCCUGGCAGAGGAACGGCGCCGCGCUAGCAAGUUGCAGGAGACUCUAGCGACACGGGAGGCCGAGCUACUCACCAACGAGGACAAGUACAAGAAAUGUGUCGAGAAAGCAAAGGAAGUUAUUAAGAGUCUAGACCCACGGACCACGGGACAACAAUCGUUAUCGGACAUCACGUUAGGUUACUCGCGUGGUGCAGGCAGUAACAGCGCCAACGCAUCGCGAGCCGACAUAACACCAGCAAAUAACAAUCGGCACGAGUGGAGUGGCAGCGAGCAGCGGCUGCUGGCCUCCGCCUGGUAUCAGCUGGGCGCGCGCUGCCACCGAGACUCCGUGGAGGCGCGGUUCGCGGUGCUGUCCGCCGGACACUCGUUCCUCGCGCGCCAGCGUCGCCAGCCGCCGCGGCCGCGCGCCCCGCACCACUCGACCCCCGCGGGCCCCGGGGCCCCCGCCCCCGCCGCCACCCCCGCGGGCCCCGGGGCCCCCGCGACCCCCCCGUCGGCCGCGACCCCCACGCCCGCGCCCGCCGCCGCGCAAUGA